CCGCGGGUGACGUUCACAGGACAAGAGGACCCGCCGCUUCAUAAUGUUAACGACCCGCCCUUUUUGGGUUUAUUCUUCACCUGCUUUUGUUUCCUAGGGCGAAGUUCCUUGUGUACUUGUAUUACUACGAAUCCGACUUCGUUGCUCGCAACCCCCCACUGCAGACCGUCUCUCGACCUUCUCCUCCCCUCCCUUUCAACCUUUUACGAGCGCUCCACUCCUUUACACCAUGUCCCAGGCCACGAAGACACAGGAAAAGCUGGCUCAGUCCACCCAGGCAGCUCCGCCCAGUGCGGCAGCGCAACAGAGCGACAAUGUCGCCCAUGCGCUCGCUGGUGCUGGGGGAGGUCUUCUGUCCAUGGCUCUGACCUACCCCCUUAUCACCCUCUCCACCCGCGCACAGGUUGAGUCGAAGAAGGCUCAAUCCUCUACCCUCGAUGCCGCACGACGGAUUAUCAAGCGCGAGGGCAUUGCUGGACUCUAUGCCGGCCUGGAGUCGGCACUUUUCGGCAUUAGCGUUACCAACUUUGUCUACUACUACUGGUACGAGUGGACCAGGGCUUUCUUCGAGAAGGCCGCCCUGAAGGCCGGUCGCGCCUCCAAGAAGCUCACCACGGUGGAAUCGAUGAUUGCUGGAGCAAUUGCCGGCAGUGCCACUGUACUCAUCACCAACCCCAUCUGGGUCGUCAACACCCGCAUGACCGCGCGCAAGUCCGGCUCGGAGGAGACUCUUCCUGGCGCGAAGCCCGCCAAAGCCCCUAGCACGUUGGGCACUCUGCUCUCCAUCAUCCGCGAGGAGGGUCCCGCUCGUCUCUUCGCUGGUGUGAUGCCGGCAUUGGUGCUGGUCAUCAAUCCCAUUCUUCAGUACACUGUCUUCGAGCAGCUGAAGAACAUGCUCGAGAGGAAGCAGCGCCGUAUCACACCCACGGACGCUUUCUACCUCGGGGCCUUGGGGAAGCUGUUGGCUACCAGCAUCACUUACCCCUAUAUCACGGUCAAGAGCCGCAUGCACGUGGCCGGCAAGGAUGGACCUAAGGAGACGAUCCUCAGCAGCUUCCGCCGCAUCAUCCGGGAGGAGGGAUAUGCUGGUCUUUAUGGAGGUAUCGGCCCCAAGGUCACGCAGAGUGUCAUCACCGCUGCGUUCUUGUUCGCCUUCAAGGAUGCCCUGUACGGGUAUACCAUCAAGGCCCGCAGAGCUAUUGCCCGUAAGUAAAUGCGGCACAAGCUGCAAUGCAACGGAAUCUUUGCUGGAAACCUGGCUUCCGUGAAGAUUUCAUACAAAGCAACCGUCACCCCGUGCUUGGGUCAAAUACCACAGUCAGAUGCAACAUUGCACUGAUGCUUCAAAUGACGAGUGUACGAUCGGGCGACUUGCAUCUUGUAGGUGCAUCAGAAUAGAAAGGCUAUAUAUGCUGCUCACAGCAAAAGCAAUAAUUACUUCUUUCGGGUAUAUAGCGGCGC